GAAGAAAAUAGAUAAGAGAACAUUCGUUAUUAUCAGUACUUACUGGGACAGUUAGGGACAAUCAGCUAAUUAAUUAAUUCACGAAGAUGCGUGGCAUUGUGCUAGCACUAGUAUUUGUCGUCUUUGCUUCCGCAGACAAUAUUGAGGAGAACGUCUGCUAUACUCAUGUUGAGAAUAAAUGCUCUGAGCCAGUUGAGUCCUGGACUACAGGGGGCUGCAACUCUAUUCACGGAGGUUUUUCCGGGAAUUCUAAUAACCUUCACAGAAUAAUUGUUGAUGAUUUCACGGACAGCAUGGCAUAUCUGAUUAUGGCCUCAAGUUACAAUACAGAUGUGAAGAAUCAUAUGGGAUUCCAUAAAUUAUUUAUGGAAAAGAGUGACAAGAUGUGGGCAAGAGGAAAGGAUAUGAUGCAGUAUGUUCUCCAAAGAGGAGGCAAGAUGGGAGGUGGAUUCCAGAUUCCCCCAGUUGGAGCUUCGCAGAUGCUUCUAGGACUAGAUUAUAAUGACGAAAUUAAGGGACUAGGAAUAACAUUGGACCUUCUCAAGCAUAGAGCUGAAGACACUUUGAUUGCAUACAUGCACAGCUACAAGACUAAAUCCGAUGGAACUGAUUCUAGUUUUGAUCCUGCAACUGCUCACAAACUCGAGGAACUAUCUGAAGGAUAUGCUGAAGAAAUCAGAGAUACUGCUGAGAAGCUCAACACACUGGGCAGAAUGGUAAAGACUGAUUCCAGCAAAAAUCUUGCUCUACAUCUAUUCGACCAAGCGCUUCUGGGAUAAGUUUACUGAAGAACAUGAAGAAGAGAGUAAUGUAAUCAUGAUGAUAUAUUUUAUAAUUGGCAAUAAAAUUUUAACAUUUUUA